AUGGGACAUGAUUGUUGUGGAGGUUCUCCAGCCCCACCCUCUGAACUGAUUGGUAUGCCAAUCGCAUCUCCAACUGGGACAAACAACGGCCAGGAUAGUUCUUUAGAUGACGACCCCAAGUCUCCAGAUGAUGGAGCUCUGAAUUCGCAAGACUCUCUGCCGCUGAAGCCAACAGGCUGCUGCACCACAGGGAAAUGCGAGGACACUGGUAAAAGUGCCCAAAGCGAUGCACCCGACUGUUGCCGUGACAAAGUCGGCCCGUGUUGCGACACGUCUUGUCUGGAUCGUUUGGCUUUGCGAGAAUGCUCGAAGAACACAGUCAACUCUUCGUUCAGUGGAGGCUGUCAACCGACUUCCUGUGAUGGAGCUACUGGCAGCAUGGCAUGCAACCACCAUCGCCUCUCUGCCCUCGAUCGCUACGGUGCUACGCUACAAGCCCUAGGAUGUAUUUGCCGAUCACUCAUUGCUCUUGGCGAAAAGACCUGCUGUGAAAUUCGAGAGCGCCAUUCGCUUGACGAACAGAAAUAUUCCGAAAGGUCAUCUGCACGUUCCCUCCUUCAAAAAUCGCUGGAUUCUGGCCGCAGCAAUGACUCUGUUACUAGGUACCAGGCUUUGCAAAACCAUCUCCGUCUGCGAACUGGCUCUGGUGAAAUUGGUAAAUCUGCUCGUGGGGACUGCGCGGACUCGGGUCGUGUCUCUCCCUGUUCGACAGGAAAGCCUUUGAAGAAGCCUCACGUCAAUAAUAAAUGCUCGAAGCCGUGCUGUCCCAGUGUCGAGACUUCAAGCUCGCUCGAAGUCGACUCCCUCGGCUCCCGUUUGGACAAGGACAACCCUUCGGGAGACGGUUGCAAAAAAGGCAAGCAGGGUGGCUUGUGCCGUUCCAAGAUGGAGGUCGCAGCUGAGAACCCGACUUGUGGAAGUUCAGGAUCUUGCUGUGCUUCACCGGAACCUGUAACCCGCAAAAGGGCACCUAAUGCCACCUGCCCCGACUCUUGCUGCAAGUCGCCGGGAGUAAAUGCGGUUGAAGAAACUUCAAACUCCGGUCAAAAGGAUUCGUGCUGCAAUGAAAGAAUGUCUUCCAGGUCUGAAGCCACCUCUUGUGCAGAUGCAUGCUGCUCCUCUCUUCCACUUGAUGCACAGCAGCAGACGAAGGAAUCUCAUAUCAAGGCCAUCCCCGAUAUAGAAGGUCAAGGUACCGGCAAUGAACGCGUUGUUCUCAGCAUUUCUGGUAUGACUUGUACUGGGUGCGAGACAAAGCUCAACCGAACACUCGCUGCUCUGCCUGCGGUCGCCGAUCUAAAAACAAGCCUGGUUCUUUCGCGAGCUGAGUUCAAUGUUGACCUUCGCCUUUCCACAGUAGAGGAGGUAAUCAAAUACCUGGGGCGAACAACCGAAUUCAAGUGUGAAAGAGUCCAAGACCGAGGAUCUAGUCUAGAUCUGGUCAUGCCUGGCGAUUCCUCGGGGCUCAUUGCUCAGAAGUGGCCCGACGGGGUUAUUGACAUGACAAUCCUGGACAAACAGAUCAUUCGCGUGGUGUUUGACCCAAAGACUGUCGGCGCCCGAGAUCUCGUCGAGAAGGUUUGGGGCCCACCAAUCCAGCUUGCGCCUCCGCGCGGUGAUCCUUCAUUAGAGACUGGCAGCAAGCAUGUUCGCAAUGUCGGAUACAUGACACUUCUCUCUGCUGCGUUGACGAUCCCGGUUCUCGUCAUGGCUUGGGCCCCGCUCCAUCCGAGGGAAGUGGCAUAUUCAUCAGCCUCACUCGCCUUGGCUACUAUUGUUCAGGUUGUCAUAGCGGGGCCAUUCUACCCCAAGGCUCUCAAAGCACUCAUAUUCUCUAAGGUUAUCGAAAUGGACCUGUUGAUCGUUUUGAGCACUAGUGCCGCGUACAUAUUUUCGGUUGUUUCCUUUGGAUACUCCAUCGCAGAGAAGCCACUUUCCACUGGUCAAUUCUUCGAAACAAGCACUCUUUUGGUCACCUUGAUUAUGGUUGGUCGAUGGGUUGCCGCUCUUGCUCGCCAGCGAGCUGUGGAGUCAAUUUCCAUCCGUUCCCUGCAGUCAUCAACAGCUACCCUCCUCGAUGGAAACACUGGAGCGGAACGGGAAAUUGACGCCCGUCUUCUUCAAUACGGCGAUACAUUCAAAGUCCUUCCUGACACUACAGUCCCCACCGACGGCACAGUUAUAGAUGGGUCUUCUGAGGUCGACGAGUCAAUGCUUACGGGUGAAUCCAGUCCGGUGGAAAAAUAUGCCAAAUCAGUGGUCAUUGCUGGAUCCAUCAAUGGAGGUGGAGUGAUGACAGUUCGACUGAAUCGCUUGCCUAGCGACAAUACCAUCAAUUCCAUCGCUGCAAUGGUUGACGAGGCCAAAUUAUCGAAGCCUAAGCUGCAGGAUCUCGCGGAUCAAGUCGCAUCUUACUUCGUUCCUGUUGUAGUAGCACUGACAAUCAUCACUUUUGUGACAUGGAUUGCGGUGGGAAUGACUGUUCGUAGUUAUGAUGGAUCCGAAGCUACCAUCCAGGCCAUUACUUACGCCAUUACUGUUCUCAUCGUCUCUUGCCCUUGUGCCAUUGGAUUAGCUGUUCCCAUGGUCAUUGUUAUCAUUAGCGGAGUUGCGGCGGAAAGAGGCAUCAUUUUCAAAUCUGCGGAUGCCAUCGAAGUCGCUCACAAGACAUCGCAUGUCGUCUUUGACAAGACAGGGACUUUGACUCGCGGUAAACUCUCUGUUGUUACAGAAGACUCCGUCAGUGUGGACAAGCUUCCGCUUCUACUAGGCCUCGUGGAGAACAGUCGACACCCAGUUUCUGUUUCCGUCGCUGCUCGUCUCAAAAACGAUGGAGUUCUUCCUUCCAUUGUCCCCAAUGCCAAGAGUCUGACUGGCAAGGGCGUUGAAGGUGUCUUCAAUGGCCAGUUACUUCGAGCAGGCAACUCCCGAUGGCUCAAUUUGUCAGAAAAUGCGAUUGUUCAGCCAAUGCUUGCCCAAGGGUAUACCGUCCUCUGCUUCACUAUCGACGAUGUUUUGCAUGCAGUCUAUGGUCUUGAGGACGAGGUUCGAUCUGACGCUCAGGAGACCAUUCAGAAUUUACAAAGGGGUGGCGUGAUGGUCCAUGUUGUUUCUGGCGAUGAAGAGAGAGCAGUCCAGACUUUGGCUUCGAAGCUCAAUAUCCCAUGUGAGAACAUCCGAUCCCGAAGCUCGCCCGGUGACAAAAAAGACUACAUACAGUCUCUGCUCGGCUCGGAGACAGAUCGGAAGAAACCUGUUGUUGUUUUCUGCGGUGAUGGUACAAACGAUGCUGUUGCUCUUGCGCAAGCUACCAUUGGCGUCCACAUGAACGAAGGUACAGAUGUGGCCCAGUCUGCCGCAGACGUGGUCCUCAUGCGGCCUAACUUGGCCGGUAUUCCUGCCAUGAUGAACGCCAGUCGGCAAUCAGUCAACCGCAUCAUGUUCAACUUUGGCUGGAGCUUCGUCUAUAACACCUUUGCAAUUCUUCUCGCUGCGGGCGCUUUUGUCAAUGCGAGAGUUCCUCCCAGGUUUGCCGGGUUGGGAGAGCUGGUCAGUGUGCUGCCAGUCAUUGCUGCUGCGGUACUCCUGCGCUGGUCAAAGAUCUAG